CGGUAGGGCCAGAAGUAUAUGCGGGGAAUAAUGAUGCAGGGGCGAGAAGUUUUCACAGAAACCGACCCGAAUUAGGGUUCCCGUUCUUUUCGGCCAGGCAAAGAUUUGAUGGCAACAAGGGUGAGAUAGUUUCAAAUGAACAACAACCCAUUUUGUACGACGAACCAAAGGAUGAUGGGAAUACUCAUAAGAAACAUGACGACCAGAUCGACGACUCGUUCCAAUUUUUGGGAAACCCCGAAGUCUGGGGCGAUUAUGAUCGGCGCGAUGCCAUUAAAAGUCAUACAUCUUCGGGCUUACCCGGUAAAGGCCACGUACGCUCUUCUGAUGGCGAUCUUCUCGGCGUUGAAGUCCCUGCUCUUCCGUACAGACUGUAUGCCAAACUCAUCUCGGACAUCCUAACCAUUCCACUGACAACACAGGGAAGGCGGAAACGCGGGGCGCGACAAAACGUUGAGAAAAGGGAGCCGGAAUCCAGGCGCGAGAUGCAGACGAAACGGGAAAUAAUGCAACUGCUGAAGGCUUUUCCCGAAUCCGGGCUGGAAAAGUCCAUAGUGGACCAGCUGCGCAAAGAGGACGACAGGGAGUCUCAGUCCAACGACCUGACAGCCACUAUAAUGAAACUGGAUGAGGAAGACAACGUGCCGUUCCUUGACACGGAG